AUGGUACCGGCCACUGAAACCUAUGACUAUGAUGUCUUCUUCAACUACCGAGGGGAGCAAUUAGGAUACGGCUUUAUUGGUCAUCUCACUGAUGCUUUUGAGAGGGAUGGAAUCACCUUCUUCGUAGACAAAUACGAGCAAAGAGGCAAGGAUCUCAAGAAUCUUUUUGUAAGAAUCAAAGAGUCGAGGAUCGCUCUUGCCAUCUUCUCUACAAGGUACCCAGAGUCAGGCUGGUGUAUGGAUGAGUUGGUGAAGAUGAAGAAACUAGCGGAUAAAGGAAAGAUCCAAGUCAUUCCAAUCUUUUACAAGGUGAAAGCAAGUGAGGUGAGGACCAAGACGGGGGUGUUUGGUGAUAACUUCUGGGAACUAGCGAAAGCUUCUAAUAAGGGAGAGCAGAUCAAGAAGUGGAUGGAAGCUUUGGAAACUAUCUCUGCCAAGAUGGGUUUGUCGUUGAAAGAGAAGAGCUCUGAAGCUGAUUUUGUCAAGGAAAUUGUUAAGGAGGUUAAGAGAGUUCUAGCAGCAGUUAGAGUACUGAAGGAAGAAGACACUCAUUUUCAGAGAAAAAGGAGAAGGGAUUAUAAUCGCCCAUGCAAGCUUCCCGAUCUCAAAAGGACCAAAACAGAAGAAGUUGGGACCUAAUUAAAUAUCUGUAAUUUUCAUGCUAGAUUCUUCUCUUCUUUUAGUUGUCUGAGCGUUUUUCUUAAUAAAGUAAAAUGUUUCGCCGCAAAAUUGUUGUUUUUGUAAAUAUCUGUAAUUAAAUAUCUACUAGACCUUGACCCGUGC